AUGUCUCAGUCAACCUUCAAGCAAUACUAUCUUCCGCAGAAAAAGGGCUUUGACAGCUUGGUUCUGCGAGAUGUCCCCAAAGCCUCCCCAAAGUACGGUCAGAUCUUGGUGCGAAUCAAAGCGGUCUCCCUAAACUGGAGAGACGGAAUCCUCGCCAUCGGAACGUACCCAUUUCCUGGACCGGAUGCGCUCGUGCCAGGAAGUGACGGUGCAGGUAUCGUCGAAAAAGUUGGGGAAGGGGUCACAGAAUGGAAGGCUGGCGACCGAGUCCUCGCAAACUUCACCCAAGACCACAUCGCUGGCCGACUCACCCCUCAAACACUUCUGACCCAGCUGGGAGGUGAAAUCCAAGGUCUUCUCGGCGAGUACUUCAUCUUCCCCAAAACUGGGGUGGUUCGCAUCCCGGAUUAUCUGUCCUUCGAGGAAGCAUCCUGUCUGCCCUGCGCCGCCCUCACGGCCUGGAAUGCUCUGUAUGGAUUGACCCCUCUGCGACCAGGCCAGACCGUUCUUCUACAAGGCACUGGAGGCGUCUCGACAUUCGCUUUGCAGAUUGCCCACGCGGCAGGGGCAACGGCCAUUGUGACCUCCUCGUCUGAUGAGAAACUGGCCAAAGCCAAACAGCUCGGUGCCAAUCACACAAUCAACUAUCGAACGGACCCGGAUUGGGCAGCGGAGGCAAAGAGGAUCACGGACGGUCGUGGCGUCGAUCACAUUAUUGAAGUCGGUGGGACUCUCACCUUGCAACAGUCCUUCGAUGCUAUUGCCAUGCAUGGGAUAAUUCAUUGUAUUGGACAUAUCACGAACCCGGACCCCCUGGGUGCUGGGAAAGAGCUUCGGGGGCCGGAUGCUGCUUUUUUGGCAUUGGAUCGGUUGUGUAUUCUGCGUGGAGUGGUUGUUGGUUCCCGGGAGCAGUUGCAGGAGAUGCUGGCAUGUUUUGAGUCCAACUCGAUUCGGCCGGUCAUUGAUCGGACUUUUGACUUUGUGGAUGUGAGGGAGGCCAACAUGGGACCCCCAGAGACGACGAAAGAUGUGAGACGACGCAAUGGUUCCAAGCAUGACAAGACGGGUUGCUUGACCUGCCGCUACAGACACAAGAAAUGCACCCUCAACACUUUCCCGGUCUGCGGGGCCUGCAAGCGCCUGAAUCUCGAGUGUGUUCGCGAGUCAACCCGCCAAGUAUUCUCUGCUGCUUCCAACCCGACGAUGGACAUGCUGUCCCAAUGGAAAACCUCCCAUGCGCACGGCAAUGUGGAACAUUCCAAGCGCCGAUCUGCCAUGAAUUUCUACAUCACGAUUCUAUCCCAACUUCUGACACAUGGUAAUCCGGAAUACGUUAUACACGCUGACAUUAGUGCAGCAUUCCUCCCAAUGACGUUAGAAUCUCCAGCACUAGCAGACGCUUUAGUCGCCUGGUCGGCCGGUCACUUGGCAUCUCGAGAUAGCUGUUAUCGCUUCACAGCUCUGGAGGCGCGAUCCAAUGCUCUCAGAUCAUUAGCAAUGUCGCUUUCGUCCCAUGACAUUUCAUCUGGUGAGGUUAACGCAGCUACUAGUCUCAUCCUCAUGACAUCGGAGGUCUGUCUGGGAUGGCAUACUAGAUGGUACAGUCAUCUUAUUGGUGCCAAGAAUAUAAUUAUGUCUACUCAGUCUUCAACAUCCACAGAAGGCUCCCUGAUACGGGGGCCUGAUGCAUUGAAACAAAGCCCCGAAGGACAGUGGAUAUUGCGCAACUUUGCGUAUCAUGAUAUCCUAGGUAGCGUAACCUUGGGAACGCAGCCGCUGAUUCCGGGUUCUUACCUACAAGGUAUCACAGACGUGGUUGAUACGUACCUCGGGGUUGCCGCCGGUAUCUUGGUCUUCAUAUCAGAUAUCAGUUGUCUCAAUCCGUUGGAUCUGGUAAAUGAUUAUAUGCCAUUGAACGAAAGCUUUACCUCGAUUGAAAGAAGGCUAAAAGCCUGGGUAUGUCCACCAGGAACGAACCAGGCCCUGGCAUCACUAGCACACGCCUAUCGCAGUAGUGCUUUGAUAUACCUCUAUCGCCGAGCAAUUCGCGGACUGAGGCUCCGAAACGUUCUUUCCGGGACCUGGCCCGAGGAUCUUUAUCGUGACCUACAUUCUAAGAUACAAGAUGAGAUUGUAACCGUUUUACGGCAUAUUGAAAUCAUUCCGUCCAGCGGAGUCGUUGAAUCCGCUCUUCUCUUCCCUCUUUUCAUGGCGGGAGCUGAGGCCACCCAUCGCGCCCAUAUGGACAUGGUUUGCAUGCGACUGGAGGUUAUGAUGGGGAAGCGCCACUUCCAUAAUAUCCAGCGGGCUCUAGAAGUGCUACAGGGGGUAUGGAGGGAGCGCGAAGCUCGUCAAAAUGUGGCAGACGGUUGUGACGUCGACUGGAAAGAGAUUGUUGAUCGACAAGAGGGAGGGCUGCUUUUGACAUAG